AUGAAGCGGUGGCGGCGGCGACGGCAGCGGCAGCAGCGCCAGCUUCCAGUCGCGCAUCAGGCACCGCGGAGCCUUUCCUUCCCGCCAGCCACUGCGCCCACUCUGCGCAGGUCCCGCCUCCCCCGCGAGGGGCGGACGAAUCGCUUCUGGGCAUCUUGCCCCGCUCCGCGGGAGACGACAGCGCCGAGCGCAGCAACGCAAGCGCUGUUGUGUGAAUUACUGCUCGGUACGUGGUGCGUGAGCCCGGCUGCUGUGAUGGUCCUUUGUGCCGGGCUGUGGGUCGCUCGCCCGGUGCCGGCGCAGGGCCAGGAGGCGCGGGGGCGGUCGGGGCCAGACUGUGAAGUAUGCACAGAAUUCUUGAACCGAUUCUACAACUCCUUGAUAGCCAAAGGAGUGAGCUUUUCUCUGGACACCAUAGAAAAAGAACUGAUCAGUUUUUGCUUGGAUGUCAAAGGAAAAGAAAGCCGCCUGUGCUAUUAUCUAGGAGCAACGAAAGAUGCCGCCACGAAAAUCCUAAGUGAAGUCACUCGCCCAAUGAGUGUGCAUAUGCCUGUAAUGAAGAUUUGUGAGAAGCUAAAGAAGACUGACGACCAGAUCUGUGAGCUGAAAUACGAAAGGAAACUGGACUUGGCGUCGGUUGACCUGCAGACGAUGAGAGUCGCGGAGCUGAAGCAGAUACUGCGCGGCUGGGGGGAAGAGUGCAGGGCCUGCGCGGAAAAAUCCGACUUGGUGAGCCUGAUCAAGGAGCUGGCGCCCAAGUACGCGGCGGCGCGCCCCAGCGAGGAGCGCUGACUCCGGGAGGGCGCGUAGGGGCCGGAGCGACCACAAGCUGCAGGCACCGGCGCUGGAGAUAAGCUGCCAUGUGGGUUGACCAGUGGAAACACUAAUACUAGUAGUUUGUUUUGUUUUUUUUUUUUCUUUGCAGUGCACCAACAUCUAAAAGUGCCUUUCGCAUACUUUUCUUGUAAGGUCUACAUGCAUUAUCAUUGCCUAGCUCUUAAAACUGGGAAAAGGUAACCCCUGAAAAAUUUAUGCGGUAAAUUGCUUCUGAAAGGGGUGAGUGCUCAGAGGCCCCUCUCCGUGCACUAACUUUUAUCAGAAUAUAUUGGAUUAGGACAACAGAAACAUUUAGCUUAUCCAACUCACGACUUCAACCCCAGAUAAUAACCUAUCAUAAGCAACGUUUUAUUACAAAGUGAAAUUUAUGUUCCGAAGCGCAAAUCGCUGGGCGGUUCUAGCUCUCUGAUAUCAGAAACGGUUGCACAGUAAGCACGCAUUUAAAUUCGUGUGUCCUAUCUGAAGAAAUCCUACUGGAAAAUCAAUUUGAACAAAAUAGAGAUAAAAAAAAUCCAUAUAAAUAUAGCCGAAGUUUUGGCAAAUCAAAUACUUGCAUUGUCUUUUUUGCUCUUCACUAUGGUUCAUUAGAGAAGCUUUUGACAGAGGAUUAAAGCAUAUUAAAGCACCUGCAAGCAACAUGGAGUGUUACGGUUCUUAAUUAUAUUUUAUCAGAUUUAAAUCAUAAAAUAUUUUUCAUUUCCAUUUUCUGACCACAUAAAAAUUAAAAACCCAGGGUAGAAGUGGAUGCUUCUGUGUGGCAGGUAGAGGUGAAGCUGACUGCCAAGUGACACAAAGGAACUUCCUAGGCCAUGGAGAGACCUUAUAUCCUGAUUAGGGUGCUGCUUACAUGGAUGAAUACAAUCGUCAAAACUCAUCCAGUUGUACACUUAAAAUCUGUGCCUUUUAUUGAAUAUAAAUUAUAUUGGGGGAAAAAAGCUGCUGUAGAAUGAUUAUUUGAGAAUUAACUAUAAUUAAUUGAUUCAGAAACAUCUUGUUGGUUUAAAGAAUUGCAUUUAUUGACUGGGAGUCUUUUGGGGAAGUAGAGAAGAAAAUUUCCAGACUGAAAGUAUACACUGAAAGUAUAAUUUUCACUUAUCAAUGAGUUUUCACAUGGGAAGUUAGGAUGUAACUGAAGUUGUCAGAGAAUUAGUGCUUUUUAAUGAGAAAUAUAUAGUAAGUAACUUAAAAAUGACAAAAAAGAUUCAGUGAAGUGAAUGGGCAGAAGUGAUUAUUGUUUGUGGAAUUUAGCGGCUUGAUCAUCAUUGUGCUGGUUUGACUCUGUUAUGAACCCCAUAAAAGGCAGUGUUAUUUAAUGCAGUCUUGUAGGGACAGACCGAUUGUGGGUGGGAUCUUUUAAUUAGGUUGUUUCCAUGGAGAUGUGAC